ACGACAACAGCUAAGAUAGCCUAGCCGAUACAACAGCUAAGUUAGUUCAGUUGACCCGACGCCCGACACGCUUUUCUGUCAUCUGUAUGUUUUUUCUCUCUUUUCUGUCCAAAUAUAUAUUUUUCUACAAACAAUAGCUGUCCUGUCCAUGACGUCUUUUUUCGUUCAACGGGGUUUAGCUAGUGUAUUUAUAAAGAGACCAAAAUCUCUUUAUGUGUACCAGUUCCCGAUGCUGUGAAAGUACCUACAUUAAGCUGCCAGCCCCCACAGCAGAGUCGCCCAAUGCUCUUCGCGUCUUCUCCUUCUAUUUAUCCAGCGACUGCAAAGACCAGCCACAGGCCAGCUUCGACUGCAUCCAUCAAUAUGUUUCAAGUGACGGCCGCGAGCAGCUGGAAGGUCAAGGGGUCAUCCAAGACAAGAUCACCGUAUGCGCCACCGAGGACUCCUAUCAGAUGACACGCGAGAGGAUGUCUCAGGUAGAGAAGGAUAGCUGGAGCCGUUCCGCCAUCGAGAUAAAACCCGGAGCCACACAUCCCAGUAAAAGCGUCAAGAUCCAUAAGAGGCCGCCCAUCGCGUCCGCAUCAGACAGCAGCUUCUGCAAACCUCAUGCGCCCAGCCGGUGGAGCGGCAGCAUGGUCUCGCUCCACCAGAAGCCCCUCAAGGAGCGCAUCAUUCAUCUGCUGGCUCUCAAGUCCUACAGGAAGCCGGAGCUCCUGCUGUGGUUGGAGAGGGAACGGGUUGGUCCCAAGGACAAGGCGGAGCUCGGAGCCAUAUUGGAAGAGGUGGCAAAAGUGAACCCAAAAGAUAGCAGCUACCUCCUGAAAGAGGACUUCUACAAGUACGUGCGGAGGGACUGGCCUGGCUAUAGCGAGGAAGAGCGACAGCUCAUGAACAGGUUGUUAUCAAGGAAGUUGCCGCCUUUCGUGCACGGCCAUUGGAGGAAUCCUCAAGCCAAUGAAUCAAUCGUGAAACCAUCCGAGGACAGAAUGCUGAUGCAUCACAGCCUGACAAAGAACCCGGUAGUGAAACGCCCCGUGCCUACAGACAGUCUCCAAGCUCUGGCCGCAAAGAGACAAAGACAAAUUGAUCAGAGGACACAACCGCAGCCAUUUAUGAACGGACUCUUAAACAAUAAGGGAGCACCUAUCACUGAUCCUCUUACUUUCCACACUAAACCUGACUUCCAAGGGACGAAUAACACCAUAGGGAGCAACGUUAGCGAUCACCGGCAUGAUUCUCCUGGAGAGAAUAUAAUGUCGAGCGCCCCCGACGUAUCGGAGACCGACCAGCACAAAACCAAAGCGAUGUGCCGCGACCCACCUCGGGCAGACUUGGAAUGCCCUCAACAGCAGAGGAAGAAGAAAUCCAAAAAGCAUAAAGACAAGGAGCGGGAAAGAUUGAAAGACCACCAGGACAAAAAGUGGUCAGAGGGGAGUCCAGAUCUCAAGCAUGAGCAGGGCAAACUCGAGAAUUGCGACAUCACUAAUGGCUUGGAUUUGGCGGAGAAACCGGAUUAUGUGAACCUGUAUGUCAGGAUCACAAGCGUGGAGCAGCGUCAACGCUACCAGGAGGAUUUCAGCGCCGAGUACGACGAGUACAAAGACCUGCACACCCGAAUCGCUACCAUCACUCACAUGUUUAUUCAGCUCGCAUCCAAGAUCAAGAGCAUGUCACCCGGGACGAAAGAACACAAGGUAAUGGAAGAUCAAAUUUUAGAAAAAUACAACAAGUAUCGAAAGAAAUUUCCAGACUACCAGGAAGAGAAGAAGCGCUGUGAAUAUCUGCACCAGAAACUCUCGUUUAUCAAGCAGCUCAUCGAGGACUACGACGUCUCUCAAACCUCCUCGUAGCGUCGGCUCUCCCUUCACAUUGGAUUCAGUUCAUCGGGGAGAUUUUUUCCACGAACAAUAUAUGGUCCACAAGUGAUGGAAAGGUUUUUAGAAGAGCCCCUCCCUCAACCCCAAAAACGGUCCAAGGAGAGAGACGUUAAACUCGGCAAAAUCAUCUUGGUGCAUCCGCCAGAAUCAUUGGCAAUCCGAAGAGCCUGUUUAACUCAUCAGUACACAUGAGAGUUGCCUCCUUUCAAGUGUUCCAAGAAAGCCUUCUGGUCUGCGGCUUAGCUAGUGCCUCUUUUCGGGUUUAUUUUCUGCCGUAGAAUUGACAUUUUGACGUUUUCUUUUUUUUGGGAGGAGGGCGACAUACUAAAGCUCAAUAUUAUAUUUGUAUAGUUACGAACCCUUCUUCUUCAUUAAUUCUACUGUUUAAUUGCAGCUCAUUUUCCUUUAGGAUGUCCUCCAAAAUUCUCGUAAAUCGAGGGUGGUGAAACAUUUUCUUGUCAGUUUUGUAUAAAGUCCUCCAUCCUAAAUUUAUAGAAAAUAUAUGAUGCAAUGAUCAAACAAAUGCUUCUAAUUGUUAUGUGCAUCUGCGGAUUCAGUGUCUCUUUAUAACUGCCCUCUGUCGCACCGCGGUGAGGGUUGUCUGGUCACUUCAUUUAUUUUGAAAGAAUGACUCUUACCCUUUCCCCUGUGUCAGCCCCGCCCUGAAGGUUCCCACCUGUUGCCACUUACCUUGAGUUUAAAUGGUACCUUGUCUCCCUUUGUCCUGUGCCAGUGUAUUUCGUCCUUGUGCGCGCAAUCCAGCUUCUCGCCUCUCGCCACAGAUUUAACCGGUUCUUGCCUUGUUUCCACAGCCUUGCCGUUUUGAGUUGUCACUCGCUGAUCCUCAAAUAUAUCUUUGUACUUUGAACCC